CUUCAAGACGCCUCCGGACGAUGAGAAGAGCCUUUUUAUUACAUCAUGAAGCUUUGGUUCAGACUCCUGCCAUCAGUUCGUCACAACUAAACUUGAAUAGAGUUGCUGUGAGGAUUAUUUCAGAUUAGCGAUGGUGGAAAAGGAUGUUUUGGAUUCUCUGACUGCACUGAGGGUGCUGAGAGUUUCUCUCGUGGAUGAUCUGGAGGGGCAGAUCGACUCUCUGCUGGACGUCUUGGUGAGCCGGGAAGUGUUCACUCGAGAUGAUCGUGAGGAAGUGGUGUGUCUGCCGGGGCCCCGGGCAAGAGUGAGGAGGGUGCUGGAUAUUCUGGAGUGCAAGGGCGAGGAGGCAGCCAGCAUUUUUCUCUCUGCAAGAAACCAGUGCAUGCAAGAAGGGAACACAGAUCGGCCUCCGUCUAAAGAUUACAACAAGCUGAGACAGAAGCACAAGGAUGUCCUCAGGCGUAGGAGUGAGAGCAUGCUCUUCUACAACACUCGCCACGGAGAGAAAAUAUUUUUUUCCGAGCAUUACGUCAACCUCCUGUUGGUCGACGGACACCAGGGCUUGGAGAUUAAGAGACACGAGGUGCUUACCUUCGGACAAAAGCGACUCUCUAUGCAGCAGAAGUCCGUCGUGCAUAAGAAAAUCACACCAGCUGAAUUAUUUUCCAGUGCAAAUCCGAACCGUCCGGUGAAGAAGGUCCUGGUGACCGGCGUGGCUGGAAUCGGAAAGACGAUCCUGGUGCAAAAGAUGCUGUUUGAUUUUGGCGGAAACAAGGGCCACCUGAACUUUGACUUCAUCAUCCACAUGACCUUCAGAGACUUGAAUCUGAUUGACAAGCCCACAAACUUCAGAGAGCUGGUUCUGCGUAAAAACAGACACCUCGCCAAAGAGCUGGACAACAUCUUGGCCAACGACGAAAAGCUGCUGAUCAUCUUGGAUGGCUUUGACGAGUUCAGGCAUUACAGGAGCUGCGACGACGACGCCUUCGUGACGGAACCGGACGAAGAUGCAGAGGUAAAGGAGGUGUUCCAGAGCUUGAUGCAGGGCGAGCUGCUGCCAAACGCUUCCGUCAUGCUGACGACUCGGCCUGCGGCUGUGGGCCACAUCCCUGUCGGCUGCAUCGACCGCUUCGUGCUCAUCGCCGGCUUCUCUCUGGCCGAAGUGCAAGACUAUUUCUUUCGUUAUUUUCAAGACUGUGCAACCGCCGAACGCAUGUUCAAGGUGGUUUUAGAAAAUGAGCUGAUGCUGACGCUAUGCUACAUCCCUGCGUUCUGCUGCAUUGUGUGCUGUAUCCUCAAAGAAAGCAAAGACGUCUACGAAGAAAGGCCCAAGACCAUGACGGACAUUUACGUGCAGUAUCUGGUGGCCUUGCUUCGUUCUCACACCCAGACAAGAGCUGAAACAUGUGCUCAAGAACAGAGAGCGGGAACCGUCCAGCAGCUGUCUGACGUUGUCCUCCAGCUGGGGAGACUCGCCUUCCAGAAACUGAUGGAGCAUCAAACUCUUUUCUACAGCAGCGACCAUGACGUUGCCACCUUAGAGAAAAGCAGCCUCGUCAGCACCUUUCUCGACACGACGGUUGCACAAGAGCCCGGCUGCACUGAGGAGGUUUUCUCCUUCGCUCAUCUUACCAUUCAGGAGUUUUUUGCCGCGCUUUACUGCGCUGUAACAGAUCAGCCUUUACCCAGUGAGCUUCAACGCACUCCGAGUCCCGGAGAUGUAAGAAGCAGUGGACACCUGGACCUGUUCAGCCGCUUCCUGUCAGGAAUUCUCUCCGAACGCAACGCCAACUUCCUGUCCAGGCAAGUGGGGUUGUGUUGCCGCAAAGACAAAGUGGACACGUAUCGAGAUAAAAUCAUCGCAGAGCUUACACAACACUGUGAGGACGGAGAACAGAUCCUGAACUACAUCCACUGCAUGUUUGAGCAGCAGGACCCUUCAUUAGCGCUUGCUGUGCAGCCAAAGUCACUGCGGGUUAAUGUCAGCGAUGAGACUCUCUCACAGAUGGACUACAACGCCAUCAAGUACUUCCUUGGCCUCACAGAAGGGACGAUAUCAGAGCUGGACCUGACAGGAACCGCAGUGAGCUCCGACGCUCUCAGAGACAUUCAACAACUGCUGCUCAGAUGUGACAGACUUUGGCUUGGCGAAAACAACCUCAAUAUGGACUCAGUUCAGGUCAUUGCUGAUGUGCUGCGGGAGUCAGACACUCUCACCCACCUCGGUCUCGGGUGGUCAAACAUCGGUGACGAUGAAGUAACAGCUCUUUCUAGUGCCAUUGCGGUGAAAAAAAAGCUGAAGGAAUUGUGGGUGGAAGGAAACCAUAUUAGUUUCAGAGGCCUGCUGGCACUCAAUGACCUAAUCCCACAUCCCCUGGACAGAGUUGUAGCCAUAUGGAAUGACUUGACCGAUGAGGGGCCACAGUCUGUGCUCAACCAGGAAAGCAUGAAUCUGAGUUUCACAGACGACGAUACCUGGGAGACGUGGGGGGAGUGGGUCAUCAGAAGGUGUGAGGUAAACGACAAUGAGAAGCUGGUGAUGUUUCUCCACAAACUGUGCAACCUGUCGGCCCAGUGCUUGGAAACUCAGUGGGUGCUGACCUUCUACACUAAACUGUCGCAGCUGAUCAAGAGCAGGAUUGAGAGCUGCACCGAGGAGGACACGUGCAAAAGACUCCGAAAGUUUGAGAACAUUUUGGACCUGUGACGCACACAGCACCAGCUCUGUUUCAUAAGCUCUAUGUGGAACAUGAAUUUCAAUCGGUUAGGUGGAAGACAAGACAGGGAAGGGAACAAAAUCACAGUUUUGCACUAACAUAUAUUCAUUUCCUCCAAAAGAUAUAGCUGGACAAUUAUACAUACGUGAUUCAUGCUGUGUACAUAGACAUGGUCAUAACCUGAAACCAUAGACCUUGAAAUAUUGUACACAUAGCAUUAGUUUCAUACCUGUAGCUGCAUGUGUUAUCAUAUAUGUCAUUGAUUACUACCACAUUGACAUUCUUAAAACUAUUUGAUUGAUUGUGUGUUAUUUUUCUGUGUAUUCUAUUCUGUUUUGUGGUUAAGAACACUCUGCACUUUGUACCAGUGACAUAUGCAAUUCCAAU